UCGCAGUUUAGCUGCUUCACUCAACUCACUAUCCAAGUUCUUUACUCAGCGAGACUGUGAUUCUCGCGAGAAUCCCCCGGGUUUAUCGGCCUGGCGUGUCCACGCCUCCGUGUUCAUUGAGGGCGACAGCGGACUACCAGUGACGCUGAACGGCCUCCUCUCUUUCUUUCUCUCCUUCACUGGUACCCUUCCUCUUCCUCCCCCCAUCCGCCGCUCGUACGACCGGACGGUUUCUCUAAACCAUCAUGUCUACACCCUCAACUGCCACCGCCACACAUCCCGUUACGCAUCAUCACCAGCAUUACGGAUUUCCCCAUCAUCAAACAUACCUACCGAACCCUUCGUAUCCGACCACGUCUUCUCCGCACCUGAACUCGACUGUCUAUCCUUACGCCGUUCCUUCAACAACAGCUGCACUCCCAUACACCCAGUCCCCUCAUUCGGCCGCCGCGGCUUCGACCGCUACAAGUACCGCAGCCAUGCCACAGCCUCCGAAACCCGCUAGUACGGGGGUUUCGACCCAGAACGGGAGGCGGAAAAAACCAGACUGGGGCGAGUUUUACAAGAAUGGUAUACCAAAGGAGGUCAUUGUGAUUGAUGAUACACCUCCUCCUGACCAGUCUGCCGCCGCAUCGCGCACUUACCCGACCGCAUCUACCGCUCAGGUCGCGAAUGGCAAUACUGCCCAGCCUGCGGGUAAGAGACGACGCACCGGGAUCGAGACCGCAUACGAUCUAGGAUACUUUGAUCGUCCCUCAUUCUCCACGAACCCUCAGCAUUACGGCGAGGAGUCGUCUGCCGGGUCCCUCUCCACAGACCGCACCGCAUCGUUGCACACCACUGCUCCCACAUCUCUUUCACAGGGCAGUUCCGGUGCGAGCAAUGGUGCUUAUUAUGAAGACGCCAACGUCGGCCAGAAACGAAAGCGGGUGGCGACGCGAAAGUCUGUGCGGGAUCAACAAAAAAAAUUAGAGCAGGAGACGGCAACCGAUGCCUUCUUGAGUUAUAUACCUCCUCCCAAGCCACCUAUCAAGGCCAAGGAUGUGCCUGUGCCGGUUGUCCGUUCCUAUGCGAAUAGGGGCGAAAAAUACGACGAUGACGAUGGUCAUUACAUUGUCAAUCCCAAUACCCCUAUCACUGAUCGAUACUCGAUAAUCAAGCUUCUAGGGCAAGGAACAUUCGGCAAGGUCGUCGAAGCAUAUGACAAACAACGCAAAGCUCGCUGUGCUAUCAAAAUUAUACGUUCCAUCCAAAAGUAUCGUGACGCAUCACGGAUCGAACUCCGCGUACUUUCGACUUUGGCGUCCAAUGACAAGCACAACCGAAACAAAUGCAUUCACUUAAGAGACUGCUUCGAUUUCCGAAACCAUAUAUGUAUCGUCACAGACUUAUUAGGACAGAGUGUCUUUGAUUUCCUCAAGGGUAACGGGUUUGUCCCGUUCCCAAGCAGUCAGAUUCAGAGCUUUGCUCGGCAGCUUUUCACCAGCGUGGCCUUCCUUCACGACCUCAAUCUCAUACAUACAGAUUUAAAGCCUGAAAAUAUUCUCCUUGUCAAGAACGCGUACCAAACCUUUACUUACAAUCGCACUAUUCCUUCCUCAUCCACUGCAAUAUCGCGGAAUGCUCGUCAGAGACGUGUCUUGCUUGACAGUGAGAUCCGCCUCAUCGACUUCGGCUCUGCUACCUUCGAUGAUGAAUACCAUUCUUCUGUCGUUUCCACUCGACACUACAGAGCCCCCGAGAUCAUUCUCAAUCUUGGCUGGAGCUUCCCAUGUGAUAUUUGGAGUAUUGGCUGCAUCCUUGUCGAGUUCUUUACGGGCGAUGCUCUUUUCCAGACUCACGACAAUCUCGAGCACCUCGCUAUGAUGGAAGCCGUUAUUGGUGAGCGGAUAGACCCGAAGCUGGUCCGUCAAGUGAUGCAAGGUGGGCGGAAUGGUAACCAAAAUCAGGCGGCCAAGUACUUCGUCCGAAACCGUCUUGACUACCCAAAUGAAGAGACAACACGAGCCUCAAAGAAAUACGUGCAGGCAAUGCGUCGACUGACUUCGUUCAUGCCAACGAAUACCAAGUUCUACCGACUCUUCCUGGACCUAUUACAACGCAUCUUCGUUUAUGACCCAAAACAACGCAUUACUGCCAAGGAUGCCCUGAAACACCCGUGGUUCAAGGAGCCCAUUACAGAUGACGGGACUGAAGCUUUGCGAAUCGGGCAACAGUUGCAGCAGCGGAACAACGGUCAACAGCGUUGA